GACAUGUAAUUCAGUGGUGGGACAGUCGAGUGCUUGUAGCUGUUGCUAGAAGUAGAUCAUGGCCGGAGCUCUCACGAUCCUACGGUGGGGUAACGCUGCUUCCCUGCUUCUGGUUCUUUCUUGGCAUGCGUGUACAAGUCAGAAUGAACAUUUAGCUUUCCAGUCUUCUUGCGAUCCCGCCAACUUCUCAACAGCCGAAGCCAAGUGUCUCGACCAGGGAAUGCAACUUUUCAGCAUCGAUGAUUUAGCAAUAGGCGGGGAGUUUAGUGUCGAAGCACAAGAAGACCAUACAUCAAUAUGGAUUAGUGGAAGGAACUGUUCUAUCCUGAAGUUAUCCAAAUUCACCGACGUGAACUGCAGCGAACAACACCAUUAUCUUUGCAAACGGAAUGCUUCAGUGGAAGAAUUGCCAAAGAAUGGUACAGAUAAACGUGCAAUCUAUGUCCCGUGCAAAGCCACUUCAGUUUCUCCACUGUCCUCAUCAACUCCGCUGCCCGUGACCACAACGAACACAAGCACAACUACCUCAUCAUCCACGGGUAGUCCAGGAAUGUCAAACAAAGCCAUUUAUCUGAUCGUCGCAGUUUGUGUCUGUAUCAUUGUGGUGUGUGUCGUUGCGGCUGUGGUCAUCAAACGUUGCACGGCGAAGAAAGAGGAAAAUGUUUCCCUGAAGAACGUCGACGUAAUUCGUGAGAGGGACGAGGGGGUUGCUCUGACAGAAAACAGUGGGAACAAGGACGACACCCGUAUGUAACCAAUGUGGUCCUGGAGUACAGUGACAUUAAGAACUGCAAACAGUGUUACAAGAGUGAUAGUCCGUGUCCAUUAAGCUCAGCAAACACCCGGUGUCCAGAUGUACAAAACUUUCCAGGGACCCUUGGAAUGAACAUCUGAGGAAUGACAAUUGGGUCUUCUUUUUCAGGAAUAUUUCCAAACGUGGUUUACUUUGGAUCAUUGCCUUGGAUUGCCUUGGAUUGCUUAGUGUCAUUGCAUCAGAUAGUCUUGAGUUGCUUACGGAUUACCAUGGAUUGCUUUGGGUCAUGGAAUCAGAUUGCCUUGAAUUGCUUCCGGAUUUCCUUGAAUGGCUUUAGGUCAUUGCAUUAAAAUGCCUCGAAUUGCUUUGGGAUUGUCUUGAAUUGCUUUAAGUCAUUGCAUUAGACUGCCUUGAAUUGCUUUAGGUCAUUGCAUUAGAUUGCCUUGAAUUGCUUCAGGUCAUUGCAUUAGAUUGCCUUGUAUUGCUUUAGGUCAUUGCAUUAGAUUGCCUUGAAUUGCUUUGGGUCAUUGCAUUAGACUGCCUUGAAUUGCUUUGGGAUUGCCUUGAAUUGCUUCAGGUCAUUGCAUUAGAUUGCCUUGAAUUGCUUUGGGAUUGCCUUGAAUUGCUUCAGGUCAUUGCAUUAGAUUGCCUUGAAUUGCUUUAGGUCAUUGCCUUAGAUGGCCUUGAAUUGCUUUGGGUCAUUGCAUUAGAUUGCCUUGAAUUGUUUUUGGUCAUUCCAUCAGAAUGCCUUGAAUUGCUUUGGGUGACUGCAUCGAGUUGCCUUCUAUUGUCUUGAAUUGCUUUGGGUGACUGCAUCGAGUUGCCUUCUAUUGCCUUGAAUUGCUUCAGGUAACCUCGGCGGCUUGUGUAGUGCAGCCUGUGAUACUCUGUUGUCUGUACUGACGCAUAAUACAAAAUGUCGCUGGUAUUUAUGUCGUCUUAAUAUUCAAAUAACGUAACGUUUGCUUGAAAGAUAAGAAUGGAAGGGUCGCGAUUACUUUAUUAACAGCAGCAGUAGUAGUAGUAGUAGUAGUAGUAGUUGCAGCAGUGCCUGUAGUAGUAGUAGUAGUAGUAGUAGUAGUAGCAGCAGUAGCAGCAGCAGCAGCAGCAGCAGUAGUAGUAGUAGUAGUAGUAGUAGUAGUAAACGUUGCUAUGUUCAUUCGUAAAAGUAUAAUCUUAGCCAUACAUUGAACAUAUUGAACGUUUUCCGGAUUAUCACGUGUUGUUAAACACUUUGACUUUUAGGUUGUAAUGUGAUUUUUGUAAUUUAUAAUUGAGUGGUUGAGAUUCAUCUUUCACCCUUUAAACAGAGAUCUAACAAAUGAGAAGAAUGGGAAGGUUAUAAGCAUGAUUGACAAAAUGGUAGUCUUUACUAUUCAAUGCGAAACCUUGUCUUAUGUUUUAUGGAAGGAUUCAAUCGACAAGAGCAAAAACAAAUGUUUUGUUUCCACAACCGCUCGAUCUUUGGGGAAUUAACAAUAAUAAACAACUACAAGCUGCAACGACGAAUAUUCGUCAGCAAGGAACUGUAUUCCUGUAAGAUACGUUAUUAUUGAUCAAAGGUAUAGUAAAUAUGUUAUCUCCACAAACAUCCUGUCCAUAGACGAAAGCCUCCCCUGGCAGAAGUAAUACAUAAGUUCUUGCAUAAAGAUUCAAAGUGACAAAACACUCUAGAUCUCCACAAGACUAUAUGAAGGGAUGACUUCAACUUUACAAUAGUUAACUUUCCCUUCAUGUCGAGAAAUAUUCCAGAAAUAUAUACCUUUGAUGUUUACAUUUCAACUUUGCUCCGAAGUUGUUUUAUCAAGGUUACAACAUUCAAGACCUCAUUAAAUCUAUCAUGGCAGGCAUGUGAAGGACAUUUCCCAAUUUGAGUGAGUGAGUGAGUGAGUAUGGUUUUACGCCGCUUUUAGCAAUAUUCCAGCAAUAUCACGGCGGAGGACACCAGAAAUGGGCUUCACACAUUGUACCCAUGUCGGGAAUCGAACCCGGGUCUUCGGCGUGACGAACAUACGCUUUAACCACCAGGCUACCCGACCGCCCCUUUUCCCAAUUUGAAGCAUCAGUGACAAUCAUUAUGUCAGAUACAUUCACUUUUUGGAUUUGUACGGUGUGUUCCCGUAAUUUUUCAGGUAAUCAAUUUGCCUUUGCAUGUGUUUGUGACGGGUGCCACCUCUGAGUCAGGAUAUGCUCACCUUUUCGCGAACACCAGGUAUCAUCACUCUGUGAUAGUGAUUCAUAAACACAUGUUCACGAUAUAGUCAAAAUCGCACAAUCGACUCUUCUUUUGGCAGAGAUUUCUUAUGAAUGUGGAAAGGAUUUUGUCGUAUUUACUUUACUGCACCUUGCACGUACAACAGGACAACCACUUUCCCCCACAAAACCAACCGAAUCUUAAAACAAAUUUACGCCCAAGCAGAUGACAAAGAACUGAACACAUUCCCACAUUUAAUAGGCACGUCUUGAUAUAGGUAGAAUACUGUUCAAAGUAGCCUUACCCAAACGUAUGCACUCCCCCAUUGUACAGCGACUACAGACGACUGCUCGUCGUUACAUACCCUCGGGCUGUGUAUGCCGACUACAUUGUUUGACAAACAAUGGGUGGGAUGACAUGGUGAUGUGGAUGCAAUGUUGCACACUGAUCUAUUGACCGGGGUAGUGGUAGUAGUAGCAGUAGUAGUAGCAGUAGUGAGUGAGUGAGUAAAUUUACGCCGCUUUUAGCAAUAUUCCAGCAAUAUCACGGCGGGGGACACCAGAAAUGGACUUCACACAUUGGACC